AUGUCCCGCAAACGCGCGCUGUCACCGUCAACAGCAACUUCCCACAAGGACGAGUUACCUGAUAUCUACGUCUCCGCGCCAAUCGAAGACCGCUCCUCGACCUUCAUCGCGCACUUCUCCCCCUCCCUACCCGCCAAAUCGCUGCAAGCGCACCCUGACUUCAGAACAGCGACUCACCGCAUCGCCGCAUGGCGCAAGCUAUCAAGCCAGCGCGCGCUCUCCCCAAACUUGCCGCGCCUCUUCACCACAGGAUCCGACGAAGACGGCGAACGCUACGCCGGUAAGAAGCUGGAACGGGUCCUAGAAGCCGCGAAUGUAGAAGGCGCGGUUAUGGUGGCGCGGUGGUAUGGUGGCGUGCUGCUUGGUCCUGUCCGCUUUGUGCAUAUUGAAGAGUGUGCGAGGGAUGCGAUUAGGCGAUGGCGCGAGCGGACCAGGGUGGGGGAUGAGGAACGGAACAAGAAGAUUAAACUCGCAGAAGACGAGAGGGAGAAGGCGAGGUUGUCUAUGGAGCUUGCUGAGCGGGAUAGCAACAUUGUGAUGUUGAGGAAGCUGCUGGCGGAUAAGGCCCAGUCUGUGAAAGCGAGUCAAGACUCUUCCGCCGCUGCGCCUGCUACUCCCGUCAAAACUCCUGGUUAUAGUAAGAUGCCAUUGGAAGCGCUGAAGCGUCUGGACAAGGCUCGGGAUGCAACAAUUGCUUUCUUGCUGAAAGAGAUUGACAAGGCUGAGCGGAAUGAUUCUACGCCGAAGUCAGAUCCCGCAUUGAGCGCCGCGACCAACGGCGUGGACGAGAAUGGCUGA